UGCAUGGUUUAUCUUCUGCAUCAACUGCCUGCCUGCAGAGAACUGGAAAACAUGAACCUGUCCGGCAGACUGUCGCCGGCCAUCGGGAAACUGCUGCAGUUGCGGAAUUUGUUCUUGGACCAUAAUUCUAUUUCAGGCCCUAUUCCUGACACCAUAGGAGGGCUGCCGCUGCUACAAAGGCUUGACCUUUCAGGCAAUCAGUUCAACGGCACCAUACCCCGCACACUGGGUGAUCUCAGGGACCUCUAUUUUGUGAAACUGAGCCACAACAAUUUAUCUGGAUUCAUCCCUGAUUCACUAAUCGCUUCUGACAACCUCUUCAUCCUGGAUCUGUCAUCCAACAACCUGAGCGGCACGGUGCAGGAAUUUGGAAUAAAGAAUGUACUCCUCGAGGGAAAUCCGUUGCUACGCUAUCCCAGCUGCGGAACAAGAUGCGACUCCAUACGUGCGCAGGAAGAGGUCACAGUCCCUGUGCAAAACCCGCAAACUCACUCACAAAGAUAUGCAGCAAGCAUCAAGACGGUGCUACUGUGGAUGUCAACUGCUUUUGUGGUAGUUGUCUUCUUGGCCGCUGUCACCGCGGCUACCCAGCAGUGGCGUAGGCGUCACCAGAUCUUUGCUGAUAUAGAUGGUAAUCAUAUGAUCCCAAAUGCUGUAAGCAGUGAUAUGUUCGUUUCUUGGAUUGCAGAUGAGAAUCAUAAUAAUACAUAA